AUGGCAGAAGAGGCUCAGGGACUGUUCUUAGUCACUGCCAAGAUGUGGUGGCGUUUCAGCAGCCAUGGCAUCAUCCAGGUGGGUGCUACAUGUUCGGCAAUGGAGGACCAGUACCUAUGGAGGAGCGGGUCCUAUGGAGGACCAGUACCUAUUGAGGAGCGGGUCCUAUGGAGGAGCUGGUCCUAUGGAGGACCAGUACCUAUGGAUGACCAGUACCUAUGGAGGAGCGGGUCCUAUGGAGGACCAGUACCUAUGGAGGAGCGGGUCCUAUGGAUGACCAGUACCUAUGGAGGAGCGGGUCCUAUGGAGGACCCGUACCUAUGGAGAAGCGGGUCCUAUGGAGGACCGGGUCCUAUGGAGGACCGGGUCCUAUGGAGGACCAGUACCUAUGGAGGAGCGGGUCCUAUGGAGGAGCGGGUCCUAUGGAGGACCAGCACCUAUGGAGGAGCGGGGCUACUUAAUGGUAGAUCCCUUACUUCAAAGGCAAAUAUAGUCAGGGAACUAAUCACUGAUCAUAAUCUUGAUGUGAUUGGCCUGACUGAAACAUGGCUUAAGCCUGAUGAAUUUACUGUGUUAAAUGAGGCCUCACCUCCUGGCUACACUAGUGACCAUAUCCCCCGUGCAUCCCGCAAAGGAGGAGGUGUUGCUAACAUUUACGAUAGCAAAUUUCAAUUUCCAAAAACAAAAAUGACGUUUUCGUCUUUUGAGCUUCUAGUCAUGAAAUCUAUGCAGCCUUUUAUAGCUACUGUUUACAGGCCUCCUGAGCCAUAUACAGCGUUCCUCAUUGAGUUCCCUGAAUUCCUAUCGGACCUUGUAGUCAUAGCAGAUAAUAUUCUAAUUUUUGGUGACUUUAAUAUUCACAUGGAAAAGUCCACAGACCCACUCCAAAAGGCUUUCGGAGCCAUCAUCGACUUUGUCCAACAUGUCUCUGGACCUACUCACUGUCACAGUCAUACUCUGGACCUAGUUUUGUCCCAUGGAAUAAAUGUUGUGGAUCUUAAUGUUUUUCCUCAUAAUCCUGGACUAUCAGACCACCAUUUUAUU